GAGGCCCACCAAGAGUGGCGUUAAAGAGGCAGUGAAACAAGCAACAGCUAGCAAUCCAGAUUUUCCCGCUUUGAACAUUCCUCUCCUCCCGCGGAGUUUGCGCGGGCAAUUCCUCCGUCACCGCCGCCGCAGACGAAGCGUUAUUAUUAUUAUUAUUCAUUCCCCCCUUCCACACCACCAUGAACUCGCACAGUUUUCGGAUCCGAAGAAUCGAAACCCUAAUCUCACCAAAAAGGAGAGGGAAAAAAAAGGAAGAGGAAGAGGAAGAGGAAGGGGAGGAAGGAGGAGGAUGGGGCAUUAUCUGCGGAGGAAUUCGAUGGAGGAGUUCCUGAGAAGGAAUUUCGAGGUGCCGGCGAAGAACCCGUCGGCGGAGGCGCAGCGGCGGUGGCGCGACGCCGUCGGCACCCUCGUCAAGAACCGCCGCCGCCGCUUCCGCAUGGUCCCCGACCUCGCCAAGCGCUCCGAGGCCCAGGCCAAGCGCCGCCACAUCCAGGAGAAAAUUCGAGUUGCGCUUUAUGUCCAAAAGGCUGCGCUCCAAUUCAUCGAUGCCGCUAGAAAAGUUGAAGCUCCACUGACAGAAGAGGUAAGGAAAGCUGGUUUCUGUAUUAACCCUAAAGAAUUGGCAUCGAUAGCUCGCGGGCACAACGCCAAGAAUUUGGGAAAUCAUGGAGGAGUUGAUGGAAUCACGAGAAAAUUAUCCGUUUCGGUAGAAAAUGGCAUUAAAUCAGAUGAAAUUUCCAUCAGACAGAAUAUUUUUGGUGCUAACCAAUAUGUCGAGAAGCCUCCGAGAAGCUUUUGGAUGUUUGUAUGGGAUGCUUUUCAAGAUCUUACUCUAAUCAUCCUUGUAUUUUGCGCCAUUAUAUCCAUAGUUGUUGGACUUUUCACAGAAGGGUGGCCAAAGGGCAUUUAUGAUGGUUUAGGAAUCGUGCUCAGUAUCUUUUUGGUCGUCGCCGUCACUGCAGUUAGCGACUAUAAGCAGUCAUUGCAAUUUAGAGAUUUAGAUAAGGAAAAGAAAAAGAUCUCUAUUCAAGUGACCAGAGAUGGAUGUAGACAAAAGAUUUCUAUAUAUGAUGUGGUGGUCGGGGAUAUUAUCCAUCUCUCAAUAGGAGACCAAGUCCCAGCCGACGGAUUAUUUGUAUCUGGUUACUCCUUGUUAGUAGAUGAAUCGAGCUUAUCUGGAGAGAGUGAACCAGUGAAUAUUUCUCAGAAAAAUCCUUUCCUUUUAGGUGGGACUAAAGUGCAAGAUGGCUCUGCCAAAAUGUUAGUAACGGCCGUUGGUAUGAGGACUGAGUGGGGAAAUUUAAUGGAAACUUUGAGCCAAGGUGGCGAGGACGAGACACCAUUGCAGGUGAAGCUAAACGGUGUUGCUACUAUUAUAGGAAAGAUCGGGUUGGGAUUCGCUAUAGUAACAUUUUUGGUACUUUUUGCUAGAUUUUUAGUCCGAAAGGGAUUACAUUCUAGUUUACUGAAAUGGUCUACAGACGAUGCUUUGACUAUACUAGAUUACUUUGCUAUAUCUGUGACUAUAAUCGUUGUCGCAGUUCCUGAAGGGCUACCUUUGGCUGUUACUUUAAGUCUCGCCUUUGCAAUGAAAAAACUUAUGGAUGAAAAGGCACUUGUGAGGCACUUAUCGGCGUGUGAGACAAUGGGCUCCGCUAAUUGCAUUUGCACCGAUAAAACAGGCACUUUGACGACUAAUCACAUGGUAGUUGAUAAGAUAUGGCUAUGUGAGGUGUCUAAAUCACUGGAAGGUAAGGCAAAUUCUAAUGAGUUAAAGGCAAUUGCUUCUGAGAAUGUUGCAAGAAUUCUAAUUGAUGGUAUAUUUCAAAAUUCGGGUUCGGAGGUGGUGAGAGGAAAAGAUGGAAAGAAAACCAUCUUGGGUACCCCAACUGAAACAGCAUUAUUAGAGUUUGGCUUGCAUAUGGAACAACUUUUUAAUGUUCGGCAUCAAGAUUGCGAAAAAAUGAAGAUGGAGCCUUUUAAUUCAGUUAAGAAGAAGAUGUCUGUGCUCAUUUCAUUACCUGGAGGUGGAAUUCGAGCACUGUGCAAAGGUGCGUCCGAAAUUAUAUUACAGAUGUGCGACAAAAUAAUUGAUAAGAAUGGAAACACCGUCUCAUUAUCCGAAGGACAAAAUAAGCAUAUUUUAGAUGUGAUUAACAACUUUGCUUGUGAAGCAUUAAGAACUCUUUGCUUGGCUUAUAAGGAUAUGGACGAAGGUUACGACAGAGAAGAAAUUCCGGAUUUCGGGUACACCCUGAUAGCUGUUUUUGGCAUUAAAGACCCAGUGCGGCGUGGUGUAAAGGAAGCAGUUAAGACUUGUCUAGCGGCAGGUAUCAAGGUGAGGAUGGUGACAGGAGACAAUAUUAACACUGCAAAAGCAAUAGCUAAAGAGUGUGGAAUAUUGACAGAUGAUGGCUUAGCCGUAGAAGGACCAGAAUUUCGUAACAAAAGCCCUGAGGAACUGAGGAAUUUGAUACCUAAGAUUCAGGUAAUGGCUCGAUCUUUGCCUUCAGACAAACAUCUGCUGGUGACAAGCCUGAGAAAUAUGUUCAAUGAAGUUGUUGCAGUGACUGGCGAUGGCACUAACGACGCACCAGCAUUGCAUGAGGCAGAUAUUGGCCUUGCGAUGGGCAUUGCAGGCACAGAGGUUGCAAAAGAAAAUGCUGACAUUAUCAUCAUGGAUGACAAUUUUGCCACCAUCAUUAAUGUAGCAAAAUGGGGUCGUGCUGUUUACAUUAAUAUCCAGAAAUUUGUACAGUUUCAGUUGACAGUUAACGUGGUAGCUCUAAUGGUCAACUUUGUUUCAGCAUGCAUUACAGGGAAGGCUCCACUCACAGCUGUUCAGUUGCUUUGGGUCAAUUUGAUAAUGGAUACGCUCGGCGCUCUUGCAUUAGCCACGGAGCCUCCUAAUGAAGCCGUGAUGAAAAGACCUCCGGUUGGGCGAGGGGACGACUUCAUCACCAAGAUCAUGUGGCGAAACAUCAUCGGUCAAAGCUUGUAUCAAAUAAUUGUACUUGGAGUUCUCAUGUUUGACGGUAAACGCCUUUUGAAGCUCAAGGGUCUGGAUGCUGAGUCCAUUCUCAAUACAUUUAUAUUCAACUCAUUUGUGUUUUGCCAGGUAUUCAACGAAAUAAAUAGCAGGGACAUGGAGAAAAUCAAUGUAUUAAGUGGAAUAUUUCGCAACUGGAUAUUCAUAGUCGUCGUCCUCUCCACAGUCGUAUUCCAAGUAAUAAUGGUGGAGUUCCUCGGCGCUUUUGCAAGCACAGUACCACUGAGUUGGCAACUGUGGGUGCUUAGCAUACUAAUUGGGUCGAUAAGCUUGAUCCUCGCUCCAAUCUUAAAGUGCAUCCCCGUUGAAUCAGACAAGCACAUUGGUGAUCAUCACAGUGGCUACACGCCGAUCCCUAGUGGCCCUGAUUCAGUGUAAACAAAAAAAGGAAGGGAUAAAAAAAAAAAAAGAAAAACAGUGCGAGCUGCAAUUCGAGUCUAUUGCAUCUUAAGUCUUUCAACCAUGUAAUAUAAGUGAUACUUGUUUGGAAGAUACUAAGAUCCAGAUGGGAAGUUCUAUCACUAUUUUUAGGGAACUUGGAUUAGUUUUGAAUUAUGUACUGUAUCUUUGGCUCUGAACAGGAUGUUGAUGAAUACUAGCACUUAGUAUAAAUUCAAUCUAUCAUAGAACAACAAAGUUUAUAAUGGAAGUGGUUAAUAUUAAAUUGUAAA